ACGGAGCCGGAGCAGCUGAGGAUGCCGAGCGGGACCUGGGGCGGGAGCCCGGCGUCGUCCGGGCGGGCGCGGCCUGCGCUGCGGUGGCCGCUGCUCGUGCUGGUGCUGGCGCUGCUGGCGGGCGCCGCGCGGGCCGGCCUCCACUUCCGCCGCGGCCCGGCGUGCUACCAGCCCCUGCGGGGGGACCGGCUGGCGCGGACGGGGCGCAGGACCUACCCGAGGCCGCACGAGUACCUGUCCCCCUCAGACCUCCCCAAGAGCUGGGACUGGCGCAACGUGGACGGCGUCAACUACGCCAGCGUCACCCGGAACCAGCACAUCCCGCAGUACUGCGGCUCCUGCUGGGCGCACGGCAGCACCAGCGCCAUGGCAGACCGCAUCAACAUCAAGAGGAAGGGUGCGUGGCCCAGCACCAUGCUGUCCGUGCAGAACGUCCUGGACUGCGGCGACGCGGGCUCCUGCGAGGGGGGCAAUGACCUGCCCGUGUGGGAGUACGCGCACAAGCACGGCAUUCCCGACGAGACCUGCAACAACUACCAGGCCAAGGACCAGGAUUGUAACAAGUUUAACCAGUGCGGGACCUGCACCGAAUUCAAAGACUGUCACCCUCUCCGCAACUACACCCUCUGGAAGGUGGGCGACUACGGCUCUCUGUCUGGAAGGGAGAAGAUGAUGGCUGAGAUCUACGCCAAUGGCCCCAUCAGCUGUGGAAUAAUGGCGACAGAAAAGAUGAUUAACUACACUGGCGGCAUCUAUGCCGAGUACCAGGACAAGGCCUUCAUCAACCACAUCAUCUCCGUGGCCGGGUGGGGCGUCAGCGACAAUGGCACCGAGUACUGGAUUGUCCGCAAUUCGUGGGGUGAACCAUGGGGUGAGCGAGGCUGGAUGAAGAUCGUGACCAGCACCUACAAGGACAGGACUGGAGCCAGCUACAACCUCGCCAUCGAGGAGCUGUGCACGUUUGGAGACCCCAUCGUUUAACACGCUUGCUUGAUGAGACACGAGCCACCGCCAGGAACUGUGCGGUGUGCGCCCUGGCUGGGUGGCGGCCCAAGGUGAGGACCAAUCCUGGCCCCCGGUGGUGGCUCUGGGCCUCUGGAAGCGCACCUGCUGACGUGAGGACCCCGUGGCACUGGCUUAUGGGG